ACACGAACGUUCGCGACGGCCGUUACGCGAUCUUGAUGUGUCAUUGAAAUUACAUGACGCACACCGUCUCUCACAGUUGAAGCCCGUCGAAAAUCAUGGAGGUGUUGAUAGAUUGUUAUUUCGACAGACUAUUCUCGGAAAUGGAGCGCAGUUGCUUAGCCUCACGGUACAAGCGUCGUGAGCUAGUCAACUAUUUUACGGACGUGAUAAACAGUUGUGCAGAAGCGGAGAGCCUCGACAAACAGGACGUGUGCGAGAGGAUCGUCCUCUCGGCUCUGCGAUAUCACAAUAUCACGAUGAUGGAGAACGGAUCGGUCUGCCUCCUCGGCAAGUUCCACAACGUGCUUUAUGUAGCGGCAAAGCUCUGCUACGACUGGGAGCUCACUAACAACGAGAUCGUCAGCCGACUGUUAAACGACAUAUUCUACUGUGAGAAGACCUUCGAACGACUGUUCGUCGGCGCGAUCUUCGGCACGCGCGUCACUCACUUCCUGUCCGGUUGGAAAUGCGACUUCGACGAUCGCGAGGAAAAUAUCCGAGCGCUAGUGUACUUCUUAGAUCACGCGAUUAGCGGCCAACUCGAGUACCGUUGCGAGUCCUCGCCGAUAAAGAGACGCUUCAUCGACGUGCCAAUGGAGUCGUACGGACAGGUUUUGCCACUAAGAGUCGCGAUACAGCAUGGUGCACCGGAUAUCCUGUUGGUCAUGUUACGCUACGGCGCCUCGAUCGAAUCCGACGAACUGGCUCCGUCACCCAUAGAAAUCAUCCUGACGAAACUCUGCGAGUUCGAGGAACAGCCCGAAAGCCAGGAGAAAGUCAUCUAUCCCGAACAUCUAGUGACGUGUCUCAAACUACUGCUACGAACCGUGACUACCGUAUGCGUCCGUACUCCUGAUCACAUUGCUGAUCGCAGCGGCAUUUUUAGCGUGCCUUUGUAUGAGCAAUAUUCCAGUUUGACAAACCAGAACUUGAUACCGCCGGAACGUAGCGGAUUCUGCCCGGCUGAGCUCAGACAUCUGUGUCGUUGCCAGAUCCGGGAAACUCUCCGCACCAAUUGGGCACUCCCUCACGGAAUCAAGAGAUUGCAAAUCCCGGAGUCUCUAAGAAAUUAUCUAGACCUGCAGCAGGACUGACUGACAGAGAAGUUCAUCUGUGAUAGAGCGUGAUAGAGCCUCUUCGCCCCGCGACACGGAUCUUAGAAAUAUUUUAUUACACGUCCAAGUGCAGUUAUGUCCUAGAAUUUCGUUGCAAUAUAGAAUGAACACAAAAAAAAUAUUCCGUUGUGUAACUGAAUUUUCUGUUAUUUGAUGAUCAAAUGAAAAAUUCAGAUGAAUGUUUUCAUUCAGUAACGACGAUAUUAUUUCUCAUCAAUAAAUUUUUCUGGUCCCUAUUCAGUUAUCCAAACUAAAAUCUUUUUUUACGUGUACAAGAUGAGUCACCUAACGUUAGAUUAUAAAAUAUAUCUGUUGCUUUUUUAUAUUAAGAAGAAAAUGUAUAAGGAAUAAGUUGUGUGGUUGGAGAGGUUAACUAACUUCUAUAUUUAUUCCCCUUUCAACCACACAAGUUUCACAAGUUAUUUCUUACACACAGGAAAAAACAAUUUCGUUAAUAUAUUUGAUUUUUCGUAUAAUUGAUUUUUCGUUGCGUAGAAUAGAAACCAAAUGAAAAACUCGGUUGUAAGAACAGAACGGUUUCUGUAGGAAGUUUACUUUACUCAUCCAAUGUACUUCGUUAUUAUAAUUUUGAUAUAGUUAAAUGUUCAGACGAAUACUUUUAGUCGUGAGAACAAAGCUAUUAUUUCACGUAGCCGAAUUUUCAUCUGGUCUAUUUAGUUAUACAAACUGAGAUUUUUUUCUAUGUGUAUUAUUAAAUACAAAAAACAAAUAUAACAAAUAUAAAAAACAACUAAUAUAAAAAACAACAGAGAUAUUUUAGAAUCUAAUAUUAAGAGACUCACCUCAUAUGUAGUGCAUUCUCCCCUCGUUUAAUACAAAAUCUUACAAAUAUGCGUACCGAAAUAUUUCAAAGUUUCUAUGUGAUUUCGAAUCGCAGUUGCUGUCGUCUCGAUCUCGAGUCGCUCGGUAACGUUCUGUGAGAUUUGUAAGAAAAGUAGAGCAAAGCGACAAACGGAGCAAACGCUGAAAUAUCGAUAAACACGAGUUCCAAAGUGUCAGACUUUGUGCAAAAUUGUCGAUAUAAGCGAAGAACGAAAACGUUCUGGAGGUAGUAUUGAAGUAUGUCUUUAUUUUAAGAUUGAAAAAAAAGUCAAGUCGGCGUCUUCAAAGGAUCAGCGUCUUAUAAUUGUGUCUUAUAACGCCGAGUUGAUGUAUCUUGGAAAUUAGAAGAACGCAUUGUAAGGGAUGCUCGCAACGUCAAUGAAUACCGUAAAUAAGAAUAGCGGAAAGUGUGUCGUGAGACGACACGAAAUGUACAUGUUCGGGAAAUCGAAGUUGCAAACCGUUAGCGACUUUCUUUCAUUUGACGUAGUAAAAGUUGCAAAAGCGGUUUCGUGUUCCGCCAACCACGUUUUUACGACCAUGGUUGAGUAGAUGUGAAGUAAUUUGUACCUG